UGCUGCUGCUGGGUGAGCCGUGGACCUGCUCUGUUAUUCUGACAGAUGAGUUUGUGAGCUGUGCAGAGGUGAAAAUGAAGCACUCCCUGGGGAUCUGUCUGGUGAUCUGCUCCACUCUGAUUGGACUGGGAUCAGCCAUCCGCUGUUACAGGUGUAAGGACUACACAGCCAGCUGCACCAAAGAGCGAGAGUGUAGCUAUGACGACGCCUGCCUCACGCUCAGGGAGAGAGGUGGGAUGACGUACCGUCAGUGUAUGAAGUACUCGGACUGUGAGUACGGCCGUCUGGCACAGAUGUUCCCCCAGGUUUCCAGUUUUACCUUCAAGUGCUGCAACUCUGACCUGUGUAACUCCGCCCCCUCCUCUGCAACAAGCUCUGUGAUUGGUGUACUGGCCUCGCUGGCGGUCAUGUGGUGGUGCAUCCACUGAAGGGCGACCCGAGCGGCUCUGCGGCACCCCCAUGAGUCCUCUUUAACCACAGCAGCUUCGCAGUACUGAUGCUCACUGAUCAAUCAGCCAGUCCUCCUCCCUCUGGUACAUUAUUGAUAAUUAAUUGAUCAGUUUCAGCCUUAAAGAUCCAACAUCCAGACCUUUGAUCGAUCACGAAGCUCCCGUAAAUGUUUAAAAAUGAAUCCUGCAGCAUUCCAGCUGCUGAUCAAACAUGAAUAUUCAGCCUGAUGAUCGUUGAAAGGUUCCUGAUCAGUCACAUCUCAGCAAAGACGCAUCACAAACACCUGAAGACUGACCGAGACCUGCACUGAGGGAGUGAUUGAUGUUUCAGACCAGUGUCUGUGAGAAAACAUGAAGAUUUUAUUCAUUUUAACCCACACGUGUACUUCACACUUACACACUACAGCUUCAGGUCUUACUGCGGUUCUCAGUCAGAUUUUCAAAAUAAAAGCAGCCACAGCUUCCUGUGGCUGUCUCUGUAUCACAGACAGGAACUUAAAUCAGACGGAUUCUCAGGCAGGUUCUGACUGGGUUUCUCUCUGCUUGGUUUCUGGAGGUUCAGUUAUGGAUAAGAAGUGGAAGCCUCUCUGAUUCUGAACGUUGUGUCUGAGCUGAGAUGUGACUGAGGUUUAACUCUCUGUAGAAGCCUGAAGGCCUUCCUCGAAGCAGCUGCUUAAAUAAAACUAAAACCCUUAAA